UGAAACAUUUUUACACGGGUGAUGCCUUUAACUGAACCCUUCUUUCUUCCUCUUUAAGUGUUUGUUUGCAUGCUCUGUUCAGAAAACAGCAUUACAUGAAACGUUGAUUGCUAUGUAAUUAAGAUUAAUGAGAAAUAGUGGAUUUAAAAAAUCAUUUCCGGUGCAACCUCGUUUUCUCUCCGGUGUAUAGCGGCGUCCUCUUUGUUCCGGUUAACUGUAUCCAAUAUGGCGGCGGAGGGAGACGUUGAUUUGGACCUGGAAGCCGAGGAAAACUGCACCGGGAAGCCGGUGGAAAAGCCCCGGAAACAUGACAGCGGAGCCGCUGAUUUGGAGCGGGUCACGGACUACGCGGAGGAGAAAGAAAUCUCAAGUUCGGAUCUACAAACGGCGAUGUCGGUGAUUGGAGACCGAAGAUCUCGAGAACAGAAGGCCAAACAGGAGAGAGAAAAAGAGUUGGCUAAAGUCACCAUCAAGAAAGAGGAUGUUGAACUGAUUAUGUCAGAAAUGGAGAUCUCGCGGUCAGUGGCGGAGCGCAGCCUGAGGGAACACAUGGGGAACGUGGUGGAAGCUCUGGUGGCUCUCACCAACUGAACAGACAUUCACACACUGGACUGUUUUCCCACUUAAAGCUCAUGGAGCAGAUUCACGGUGGUGGUAGAUCUUACGCCAUAACCCUGUUUUUUGAUUUUUAAAUAAAAGUUCAUUCUUCCCUUGUGUAAAA